AUGGACCCGACCGACACAGCCCCGGAUUCGUGGGAGCUGGAGGAGGAUGCCGAGGCCCCGGCCACCGCGGCGGGGCUUCAAAACGCCUUCGCCGCCCUUAACGUGAACGCCAAGCCGUUUGUCCCCAACGUUAACGCCCCGGUGUUUGUACCGAGCUUCCUCCAGGCAGACACCGACGAGAUACCGGCCUCAGACGGUGCCCCUGGUGCAGUAGCAAGCAUGGAGGUGGCAGAAACAGCCGCUCCGGUGGAGAAUGGAGGCACAGAGGCAGACAUGACCACAGAGGAGGAGACGUGGGAGCAGAAGGAGGAGCCGGGGGGAGGCGGAGGAGGCGGAGGCGAGGAGGACCUGGAGUCGGGAGGAGCCUGUGAGGAGGGCGGCGCUGGAAAGAAAGAAGAUGAGGAGAUGAUGGAGGAGGAAGAGGAGGAGAUGCCGACCCCCAAAGUGGCUCCAGCCCCACCAGAUGCCCCCAAGAAAGAGCAUGUGAACGUGGUCUUCAUCGGCCAUGUCGAUGCUGGUAAAUCAACUAUUGGAGGGCAGAUCAUGUAUCUAACUGGAAUGGUGGAGAAGAGAACUCUGGAAAAGUACGAACGAGAAGCGAAAGAAAAGAACAGAGAGACAUGGUACCUGUCGUGGGCUCUGGAUACAAACCAGGAGGAGAGGGACAAGGGGAAGACUGUGGAGGUCGGCAGAGCUUACUUUGAGACUGAGAAGAAACACUUCACCAUCCUGGAUGCUCCCGGCCACAAGAGCUUUGUCCCAAACAUGAUUGGAGGGGCGUCACAAGCCGACCUGGCCGUGCUGGUGAUUUCAGCAAGAAAGGGCGAGUUUGAGACCGGCUUUGAGAAAGGUGGACAGACACGGGAGCACGCCAUGCUGGCUAAAACUGCCGGGGUGAAGCAUCUCAUUGUCCUCGUCAACAAGAUGGAUGACCCCACUGUGAACUGGAGCCUAGAGAGGUAUGAGGAGUGUAAGGAGAAGCUGGUGCCGUUUCUUAAGAAGGUGGGCUUCAACCCCAAGAAGGACAUCCACUUUAUGCCUUGCUCUGGACUCACAGGUGCCAACCUCAAGGACCCAGUAUCUUCUGAAUGCCCCUGGUACACGGGUUUGCCAUUUAUUCCUCACCUGGACAGUUUGCCAAACUUCACCAGAUCCAACGACGGACCAGUCAGACUACCUAUUGUUGACAAGUACAAGGACAUGGGGACAGUUAUCCUGGGGAAGCUGGAGUCUGGAUGUAUCAGUAAAGCCCAGCAGCUGGUCAUGAUGCCAAACAGGCACACAGUGGAGGUAUUGAGCCUGCUCAGCGACGAUGUGGAGACAGACGAUGCAAGUCCUGGGGAGAAUCUGAAGUUGAGACUGAAGGGCAUCGAGGAGGAAGAAAUCCUCCCUGGCUUUAUCCUCUGUAGCCCCGACAACCUCUGCCACUCCGGUCGCACCUUUGAUGCACAGAUCGUCAUCAUUGAGCACAAAUCAAUCAUUUGUCCUGGAUACAAUGCAGUUCUUCAUAUCCACACCUGCAUCGAAGAAGUGCAGAUCACGGCCUUAAUCUGUCUGGUGGACAAGAAGACGGGGGACAAAAGCAAAACACGACCACGCUUUGUCAAGCAGGAUCAGGUGUGUAUCGCCAGGCUCCGGGCAGCAGGAGUCAUCUGCUUAGAGACCUUCAAGGACUUCCCUCAGAUGGGACGAUUCACGCUGAGGGACGAAGGUAAAACCAUCGCCAUUGGCAAAGUGCUGAAGCUGGUGCCAGAAAAGGACUAAAUGCAACCGUGGCAGCAUGCAUGGAGUUCUUCCAGUCAUUACCAGAGGAGAAACGCUGCUAGAGCCGACCCCAACAGCUACUCUCUCUUUACACACAACUAUGCUGAGGAGAAGAUCAAUAAAGAGGAGAAUCAAAUUGCAUCAGAUGAAGGAAUCAAGACUGAAUCAGUUUUUUUGAUGAACAAUAUGUAAUGAGAGACCAAGUCCAGUGUGUCAGCUUUCUCAUAUUGAGAGCUCAGCUAUGCCACUAAUGUAGCUACAAGUCCCCCCUUCUGUACUCCCAUGGCUAACCGCACUGUCGGACGGCCAAGCCAUUUGUUUUUAGAAUGGAGCUGGAUGCAGUGUCGUGAGUUUGGGGAAGAAAUACAGAAAUAUCCUGCUAAAGACCAGUGUAAGCCUGUAAUUUUGAUUUGCAAAGUUCAUCUCCCUGUCUAAGAGUGGGAUUAAGACUCCAGAGGACAUUUUAUUUGGUUUUUAAGGGUUGCUGCACCAAAUUAUUUUAGUUUGGUCUCUCUCCACGGGAGAUGGUUGACUUGGAUUGAGCUGACAUACUUCUCUGAUUAACCAUGGAUAAAAACACACACACACACACGGACAGCUGUUACAGAUGUAAUUGACAAUAAAUGAUCAAGCUGCAAAAGAAA